AGCCAGUCUCACGGACACAAUGCGUCCGACAGAGUUGCUGCAUCAACACUUCCCUGUUCUGCUGCAGUGGCCAGAAAUAAACCAUAAAUAGCCCUGUGAUGACGGGACCAGCACACAGCGGCACUGGGAUUCAGGAUAUUGCACAGAGCAACAGGCAUCGUCAUGACUGAACCGCAGAGCGCGCCAGAACAGAUGGCUGCUGGGAAGAGCCAAGGAGGAGGAGCAGGCGGGAAGAACAAGCUCAUAGUCUUUGAACUGGAGAACUUCCAGGGGCAGAAGGCGGAGUAUUCCGCGGAAUGCAAAGACGUGACGGAGAAGGGCUUCGAGAAAGUGGGCUCUGUCAUCGUGGAGUCUGGACCAUGGGUCGGGUUUGAGAGGCAGGGCUUUGCGGGUGAGCAGUUUGUCCUGGAGAAGGGCGAGUACCCACGCUGGGACACCUGGUCAAACAGCCACGCCAGCUACAGCCUCAUGUCUGUCCGGCCACUGCGAGUUGACAGCGCAGAGCACAAGAUCCACCUCUUCGAGAACGCCGGCUUCAACGGGCGCAAGAUGGAGAUCGUGGACGAUGACGUGCCCAGCCUGUGGGCCCACGGCUUCCAGGACAGGGUGGCCAGCGUGAAGUCACUCAACGGAACGUGGGUGGGCUACAUGUACCCAGGAUAUCGGGGGCGUCAGUUUGUCUUCGAGAAGGGCGAAUUCAAGCACUGGAAUGACUGGGAUGCCAACCUGCCUCAGAUCCAGUCUAUCCGACGGGUACGCGACAUGCAGUGGCACAAGCGAGGCUGCUUCCAGGUCCCUGCCGACCCCCCGGCACCCACCCCCAUCCCCAUCAUCCCCACCCCCCCCACUGCGGGCAGCAGCUGAAGGAGAGCAGAGCCGCCCUGCCCCCCCUCCCUCCCCGCCAGUGCCUGUGGCAGGGGCACCAAGAAGAGACGCAUACACAAGUGACCCGGCGCCCGCCUGGAUCCCUGUGCAAACACACACCUCUCAAUAAAGAUCCUUCAAAAGACA